AUGUCUAAACCAUUAGGAAAUUACGAUAUUCAUUUUUAUGAAGGAGUUGAUGAAGUUCAAGAUGAUGGAACUUUAGUUGUUAACAAGAAAAACAGAGAUGCUUCACAUUGGCCAGAUUAUUUACCAACUUGGAAUCCAAAUGAAAAGUAUGAACCUUUAAAGUUCUUCAAGCAUCAAGACCCUGGUGCCAGAGCUGAUCCAAGUUUGUCAAACUUAUUUCCUCCAAAUGGUGAAAAUUACGAAGUUAAAAGAAUCACUCCUAAAUUAGGAAGUGAAGUUACAGGAGUUCAAUUAAGUGAAUUAGAUGAUAAAGGAAAAGACGAGUUAUCAUUAUUUGUAGCUCAAAGAGGUGUAGUUGUAUUCAGAGAUCAAGAUUUUGCUUCUAAAGGACCUGAAUUUGCUGUCAACUAUGGUAAACAUUUUGGUAGAUUACAUAUUCAUCCAACCAGUGGUCUGCCUAAGGACCAUCCUGAAUUACAUAUUACUUAUCGUAGACCAGAUCCUGGUGAAUUUGAAAGAGUGUUUAGUCAAAGUACUCAUGCUGUUGGAUGGCACACUGAUGUUUCUUACGAAUUACAACCUCCAGGAACUACUUUCUUUUCAGUAUUAGAAGGCCCUGAUGCUGGUGGUGACACUAUCUUUGCUGAUGUCGUUGAAGCCUACAAGAGAUUAUCCCCUGAAUUUCAAAAAAGAUUAGAUGGUUUACAUGUUUUACACACUUCUGAAGACCAAGCUUCUAAUUCAAGAGGUCAAGGAGGUAUAGAAAGAAGAAAGCCAGUUUCUAAUAUCCAUCCUUUGAUCAGAGUUCAUCCAGCUACCAAGGAAAAAUUCAUUUAUUUGAAUAGAGCCUUCUCUCGUAGAAUUGUUGAAUUGAAGCAACAAGAAUCCGAAUUUUUAAUGGAAUUCUUGUAUAAACAUAUUGAAACAGCUCAUGAUUUACAAUUAAGAGCCAAUUGGAAACCAAAAUCAGUGGUUGUCUGGGAUAACAGAGUUGUUCAACAUUCAGCCAUUAUUGACUGGGAUGAGCCAGUUUCAAGACAUGCUUUCAGAAUUACCCCUCAAGCUGAAAGGCCAGUAGCUGAUUUAUCAGAAUUGAACAAGGAACAAUAUGACGUGGGUGAUGUAGCAGAUGCUUUAAAAAAAGUUUUAGGUAAGUAA